UGAAUUCUGUGAGGCUGCAGCGCCAUCUAGAGGUGGAUUCAGGCAAUGUCCUGUUUUGAAGACAGAUCCAACAUGGCUGCUCCCGUGUUGACGUUUUCAGGCGUUGUGCUUGUGUGAAGUCGCUGCAAACCAUGAGGGAUUUCAGACGUUUAGUCUCUCUCUGCAGCCACCAUGGAUGCCAAAGAGAUCGUCCACUGUGCUGUGCAGAUAGAGAGAUCCAAUGCAGACAGCAGCUAUGGGAACAUCCUGACCCUCCUCGGUGACCUUGAUAAGUCGCACGUCGCAGCAGAGCAGCUGGAAACGACAGACAUUGUUAGAGUACUCUACCGGCUGCUUAGAAGCUGCUCGGAUGACAGUGUGAAGAAGACAGCGAAGAGCUUGUUGUCUAAGUGGAAGAGACAGCACAGCAAAGACACCCGAGGUGUGAAAAGCAGACAGAGACCUGAUGUCUCUCGUGGGGUUUCUCUGCCAGAGGAUGGAGGAGUUUCAGAGCUGGGAGAUUCCCACACAGAAGCAUCUUCCUUAGUGGCAAAGGAUGGGCUUUCUUUCACUGCAGAGAGCACCUCUACAUCCUGUAGUUUCUCCUCUGUAAGAUCCAAAUGUGUUCAGCUCCUUCUAGCUGCUCUCUGCCCUGAACUUCCUGAUCAAGACAAGGCUGCAGAGCUGGCUACAGACGUGGAACAGCACGUCCAUGACCUUUACAAAUCCAGCCCGGUCAAAUACAAAGCGUGUGUGAGGAGCAGGGUGGCCAACUUGCGGAAUCCCAACAACAGGCAUCUAGGUCAGGGCCUCCUGAGCGGCUCCCUGUCACCCGAGGCCUUCGCCCGGAUGUCUGCAGAAGAGAUGGCCAGCGCAGAGCUCCGGCAGCUGAGGGAGGAGUACUCGUCCCGGGGCGUGAGUGAAAGGCAGCUUCCUCAAGGGAUAGAAGGGACGCAGACGCAGAAGAUAAGAUGCAAAAGAUGUGGGGGGUCAGAGUGUCGGGUCACGCAGGUGUCCAGAGGGGCCCUUUUCUUGCCUGCCUGGGUGAGGCAGAGCGGCCCUGAUGACGACGCAAUGACUUUUGUGACCUGCGGCGGGUGUGGCCAGCAGUGGUACCACAGCGGCUGGGUCUGCCUCUGAGUCCAAGUAUCAUGUUUAUAAUUUGCAAGACUACACAAAAAUGUACUUUUUCAUUUGAGAAUAUUUGCUGGUUUUCUUUAUUUUCUUUAAUAUUAAACAGAAUAUAUUUGGUUUCUGGAGUGUCGGUUGAACAAAACAAAAAGUAUGAGACGCCAAAUUGUAUUUUCACAAUUUUCUGACAAAAUAUUGAAUGAUUAAUUGAGAAAAUGAUCAACAGAUGAAUCAAUAAUUAAAAUACAGUUAAGGCCCUA